AUGCUUCACGCCUCUAAGCGGAGGCUCAUGGCAGGGAGAUGGAUGACGGACGUGGAGUAUCAGGGAGUGACCAACUCCUGCUGCGCCAACGCCGUGGCCGGAGCGUACGAGUAUCUGUGCAAGCGACAAGCAGAAAAGACUGGGGACACGGUAGGAGACAUCUCAAGGCUUUUCAUCUAUUACGUUGGACGUCUCGCGGAUGCAGCCAUGUUCAACGAGGAGCACCUGCCGCUGGAGGACGGCGGCAUGACGGCAUGUGCCGCUGCCAACAGCGGGUACGUUCCCAAGCCCGACAGCAGCGACCCGGAGGCCUCCGAGCACGGCACGCAUGCGCUGCUGCUAGUCGGCACGUGGGCGGACGGCGGGUACUGCUACGUGGCGUAUGACUACGUGUGCAACCCGGACUACAACCUGGUGGAGUACGUCGGGCAAUGGGUGCCCAACCAGGAGCACAUCGUGGACAGAUCCAAGGUGCGGGAGAAGGAGAUGCAUCCUGUUGAGGGAGGUCAGGAGUCGGGAGACCUUUUUGACAUCAUUGCUGAAGCUCGACGAGUCUUCAAGGCGAUCGACACAGACGGGUCAGGUUUCAUAGAGCUCGGGGAGCUCAAGACCGCAUAUCGCCUGCAAGGAGUUUACAUCACUGACGCUCAGCUGAAAGCUGUGCUCAAGAUUGUGCUUGUGCAGUAUGACACGUCAGGAGACGGCAAGAUUGACUUCGAUGAAUAUUGUGUGAUUGGAAUCGGAGUCAAGACACAAUGA